AUGUUUGCGCAGAUCCUAGAUAUCAUGUUAGAGAUACGGCAGAGGGAUUCCUACUCAAUGGGCUGGAUGGAACUUAUGGGUGGUUUCCUAUUGGCCCUGGGCAACCCCUGGCUACAGGGAAUCAGCAACAUUGCGCUCAUCUUCCUUAUGAUAGGUAUAUUCUACUCCUUGCUGAUGACAAAGGAGUCUCUGAUUGCCUAUGCACCUGUAACUCUUUGCUUGGGACUGCUGCUUCUGCUCAAUACUCGUUUCUGUUAUCGCUGA